AAUACACACUUGUGGUUCAUUUUAGGUAUCGUUUGGCAGAACAUCCAAUUUCACUCGCUUUAAUCAUCACUUCUCGCCUGUCUAGUGGCGACUUUUGCUUGUCUAAACGACGCAGAAUCUGUCUGGGUGACAUAGGCUGCUAUUCUGUCUAGGGAACGUCAACCGUUGGUAUUUCUUGACCUUGGAGUGCAAGUUAUUAUAUUCUUGUCUACAGUACUGACCACGCUUUCUCUGGUACCUGUAGCCUGCAAAAUGGAGGCAUCUAGUCCCCCGGAGACUCCCAUGGAGAAACCUCAAUAUUUUGGGAUUGAUAUAGAUUCUACACUCUUUACGCACAAUGAAGAAGCCUUUGAAAAGAAUGUUAAUGCCUUUGCCAAGGUCAGGAAGAUGGGUUACACGCCGUUUCUAUGUACAGGGAGAUCACGUAACUCUGGCCUCGGAGUACUGGGUACAAGCUUUGCAGAAAAGACAGGUUAUCAAGGCUACCCAGGUGUAUACCAAAAUGGAGCAGUUGUCUACGACGAACACGGAAACCUCAUUUAUUCCAAGCCAUUUUCUAGGGAAUUUGUAAAAACACUUGCCGAACAUUUGGAAGCUGAAAAUCUCAAGGACAAAUGCAUCUUCUACACAGAGACUGCUUCCUACUCACUUGCGGGCAUCGAUGAGAAGCUUAUGGAAUUCACUCUAGACAGAAAACUCCCAAUUCCAGAAGUUACACCUCUCGAUGAACUCAUAGAGAAGGAGUAUUCUAUAAUAAAGUACUACUCCUUUGAUGUUUCUCACUCUGGCCUCCGUGAAGGCGUGGACUAUGUUCAAAAGAUAACAAGAUCCAACUGGGUAUAUACACUUAGCCCAUCUGGUGUUACAAAAGCUCUUGGAGUAUCAAAAUUACUGGAGCACUAUGGACUCUCUCCAAAUGAGUAUGGGUUUAUAGGUGACGGUGAUAAUGACACAGAGGCUAUGCACUUGUCUAGAGGCUCAUUUGCAGUCGCAAACGCAAAGGAACUCGCCAAAAAAUGCGCAAAAUGGGUACUCACAAAGACGCAUGACGAAGGGGGAUUCUCAGAAGCUAUGGGACUUGUUUACGGUGUGUAA